CUUACAAAAAAAAAAAGAAAAAGACAUUAUGUCGCGGCCUACGCUUGCAGAGUUGUCCAUAUCCUUGAACCAUGUUCAGUCACUACUCAAACAAAUCACAGAUGAAGUCAAGGUUUUAAGCGACGGAAUUGCAGUCUUAGUGGAACAAGAGGAGGCAGAGGACCUUGAGGAAGAGCUCAACUAUCUUGAUGUUGAUCCUUGGUCCAAUGUCAGCGAUAAAGAUAAGAAUGCCGCCAAGGCCGCACGGCAGGACAGCAUUCGCUCACUCUUACAACGUAAACCUUCAACCGUUAAGGAUGAAACAAAAGCACUAGCCCGGAUCUUGAGUCAAAAAAAAUCAGGAACAGGAUCAGGAACAGGAACAGGGGUGUCGAAUGGUAAAGACUCUGAGAAGCAACAGCAACAAAAGCAACAAUCAUCAUUAACACCACCUUCUCGACCCAACUCAAGUUUGCAUGAUCAAGCCAUUGAGGAGGAUUCAACCUCAUCUGAGGGAUCAUUGUCCUAUCAGCGCGGCCGAAGUGGAACUCCGCUUCCUGUUGAAGGAGACAAACAGGAGCUCGAAUCAGGAUCGGACUUGACAGCGGCUACAUUAGAGGCUGAGCGCGUACCUCACACAAUUACAGUCCAGACCACCCCCACGCCUACCAGAUUCUCGAUUGCCAUCACAAAACCAGCUACUCCACAAAGUCCCUCUACGCCUGUACUCUCUACAUCAACAAGCCAUAGCUCCAUCUUGAGUGCUUUGAAUACCUAUACCUCUUCAACGACAACUACCACCACUACCUCAACAACGACCAACAACGGCACUCAUAAUGUCCCUCCUCCAUUCUGGAGAUCCGCUACGGCUCCUAAUGUGAAUGAAGGGUCUAGACCCAAUUCCGUCCUUGGUAAUCCUGCGGACGGAUAUUCGGCGAGGGGAAUCAGCGUCCAAAAUGUACCCCAGCGUCGCUCUCUUCAACCCGAACCCCGAAGCGCUUCAGAUUUACAGAUUAUUGGACAAGGCAAUGGUAGUGUCAAAGAUCGAUACACUCAAGCGCUCAGAUCCAAUUCUCAAGGCGUUAUAUUGCACCCGUCUGUAGGGAAAGAUUCAUUAAAGUCGGUCUUUACUAUUAAUUCACCUAAACCUAUGGUUGCUUCACAAGUCGAGCGGAUCGAGUCUGCAGAUUGUUUUAGUAAACUGGGCUUGGUUCCUGAACUUCUUCGAGGAAUCUAUGCAUAUGGUUUGAAAAUGCCUUCUAUCCUGCAGCAACGAGGCAUUCCAAUGAUCAUGACCAGGCACGAUGUCCUCACACAGGCAAAACCUGAGGUGGCAAAGACACUGACUUACGCUAUUCCUCUUCUCAACUUUUUGACAUUACCCGCCACAUCGAUUCACCCUCAACUUUUGAUCUUAUGCUCGAAUCAUGAUCUCUGUCUACAUGUUCAACGAGUCCUGCUGGCAUUAGCUCGGUUCAUGCCUACGAUCUCAUGCCUUAUCUGCGCUGAAGGCACAAAUGCUACACUGUCUUUAGGAACUAUGUCCACUACCCAGCUCAACCUUGCUGGACAUAGCACCACUAGUAAGAAUGGGUUCAUUAGCCGCGGAUCACAACCAUCUGAUUCGCCUCAAGUCAUUGCGGCUCAUGUUGUCAUCGGAACCCCUAACAAAGUAUUGAAUCUCAUCAAGACAAAGCAAAUCAGUAUCUCAGCCCUCAAAGUCAUGGUCUUAGAGAAUGCAGAUAUCCUGUUGGCGCCGCCAUUGAAAGAUGCCACAGUCAGUUUGCUGUCCAUGGUACGAGACCCAAGUGCCAAUACGAAUGGCGGAGCAGCAACAACAGGGCAUGGACAGGACCUAUUGCUUUCGCCACCCAAUUCAGGACCCACAUCACCAGUAUCUGCUGCUGUAGCAGCACUUAAUGGACGAUCACCAGGAGGCGGGGGAAGCGGUAGUAGUCCAGGAUCUGUACGAUUCUCUGGGUCAUUUGGCGAUUCAGAUAGUCGUCCUCGUUCUUUGCCUGGAGCAUCCGGAUCUAGUUACAAUUCAGGAUCGUCAUCUUCACUGAGAUCCUCACCUUCACCUCCUCCUCCUACCCCUGCUAUCAAUCAGCCUCAGCUUUUAUUCUUUUCAACAGAUGUGCCAUCCCAUGUGCUCGACUAUGUGGCACAAUAUAUGACACAACCAACCAAAGCACUCGUGAAGGGACAUGAACUGGCAUUGAAAGGAAUUCUUCAAUAUUUUAAGUACAUGACUGUGGAUAAUGAAGAGUGGCAAUUAUCGCUUCUCUUUGAUCUUUUGGAAGACAGUGGUGCCAACCGAGCAGUCGUGUUUUGUAACAGUGACGAGUCUAUAGAGCGGGUAAUACGCAAGAUCCGUGAGCAUAAAGGAUUUGCUAUUGGCAUUUAUUCGGACAUGGACAUGACGGCACGGAAAGCCGCCAUUAGCCGGUUCCGAGGUUCAGCACCCCCAUGCUAUCUUAUUAUGUCAGAUGAAUCCUCCAAGGAUCUUGAAACCGUAGGAGUGCCCCUAGUAGUUAGCUUUGAGAUGCCUAGUGUCGGCAACUAUAUUCCUCGUGUCAAAUGGAUUGAUCGUGCUAAGGGUAAAGUGGGUGCUAAGGUUACCUUAGUAGAUGGUCAUAAGGGAGAAGGCCAGGCACUCCGGGCGAUUCAGCAACAAUACCGAACGACUAUUGAUGAUUUGCCGACAAACCUCGCAGAGUUCAUCGUAAAUUAGUUAAUGAUAGCUUAAUAUAUAG